AUGCCCGCCCAGAAAGACCCAGUAAAGCAGACACGGAAGAGGCCCUCAAAGUCCAGGGGUCUCCUGACUUCGCGGAAAGCGCAGGAAGCAUUACCUCGACUCCCUGGACAACACACUGCUCUGAAGCUGCCAAAGUUAAGAAUUACAAACGACAGGAUAUUGGUUGUAAGGGAAGUUGACAGCUUAGCGCAAUCGCUGGAUACUGACGAACCAUUGGAUGCGUUCGAUCUUGAGCAAGCUAAGGACCUCGAACGUCAACGGCAACUCCUAUAUUUAGCCGAGGUCGAGCGACAGGAAGGCUACAUACACCCUGUUCAAGGUGAGCAAGAAAGCGCUAUGCGCAGCACACUUGCUAAUGAUGUGGAUAACGAUGAUUUCACUGCUGCAUUCAUCCUGAGGGAGAUGGCAAACAGCGAUAUCACUGGUGAUCCUGAGGGCAUGGAUUUUGUCCAGAGGCUCAUGAAUCCGUCCGCUUUUGGAAGGACUUUGAAGUCGACCCACUCGGCUAAUGAAGAGAACACGCGCGAGGAUCCACCCCUUCGUCGUUCGACACGAAAUAAGACUUCCGCUGCUCCCGGAAGUAGAGAUUUGUGCUCAAAGACCAUCGAAUCUGAGCAACCAGCACCUGAGCCCUUGAAAUUGGAUGAGGGCGAAGGUUUCAUGCCAUCCGCGGAAGAUGACUUCAAAUUUAAGUACGACAGCCCUUCCGGACUUCAAGCUAAAGAACUUGACGCACUCUUGAAGCCUCCGAGUCGUCCUAAGGCCUUUCCGGCUGAUCUUGCUGGUGAGAAGACUUUCGGCCAUAAGAGCUACAAAGGUUUUGGUAGUAGGCCGAAGGAGAAUGCUGCAAACGAUAGGGUCAGAGAAAUGGAACUCGAACAUGCGCGAACACAGCAAGACGUAGAGAUGGCUAUGGAGCAAGAGGAUAUGUGGAGCGAGUUUUGGGGUGUUGAUGAAUGGAAGGAGUAG